CUGCUAUUUUUUUGAAAAGUCUGUUUUCUCCUCUUCAGCACCAGGGCAAUGCCUCCUUCGGCAUGUCCGUCUUCAACCUGGGCAAUACCAUCAUGGGCAGCGGCAUCCUGGGUCUGUCCUUCGCCAUGGCCAACACCGGCAUCGCCCUGUUUGUGUUUCUCCUGGUUUCCUUUGCUAUUUUCUCCUUGUAUUCUGUCCACUUGUUGCUGAAGACAGCCGAUGAAGCAGGUGCUCUUGUUUACGAGUCACUGGGUUACAAGGCCUUUGGGAUCCCAGGCAAACUGGCUGCUUCCUGCUCCAUCACCAUGCAGAACAUUGGAGGUGAGGGACUGACCUUUAAGUAUAACAGCUAUGCAUU